AUGCCCAAAGCGUCGACCUCUCGCUCGAGCUCGGCUGCGAAGCACGACCCGCUCUCGGUGCAGAUGACCCAGCAGUCGCUCGUCGACAGUGGCAACCUGUCCCUGCCCGGCAAGAGGCAAAAGAACAAGCACAAGAAUGCUCAAUCCGAACAGGAACACGCUCAGGUCAGCGAAUUGCAUCCCUGCCAGGGCAGCGAUCUUUCUCCCCCAACUUGAUCGAGGCUGAGCGCUGAGCGCUGAUCCCCCGAAUGCCGAAUGCCGAAUGCCGAAUGCCGAAUGCCGAAUGCCGAAUGCUCGCUAGACCACUCUGGACGCCAAGGUCUCGCGAAGGGUGCUCGAGAUGGCUAGGGACCAACAGGAUGAACUCGCGCAGGAACAGUGGGCCGAUGAGCUCGACCAGGACCUAGAGUGAGCAGCGAGCAGACAUCUCUGACCGCCCCGAAUUUGGCACGCGAUGAGAGUUGCGCAGCUGAGCGCUGACCGACGACUCGCAUUGCGCUUCAUUUCUUACAGCCAAACAGCUGCUCGAUACGAACACGACGACGACGGAGAUCGAGACGACGAUGACGACGACGACGACGACGACGAUGAAAAGGAAGAUGACAAUGAGGAAGAGUACGAAGAAUACGAGGAAUUGGUGAGCUCCCCUAUUCCGCCCUCGAGCUCAACAUUUGGAGCUCUGACCGAGUCUCGUCGAUCACUCGCUCCAGGAAUUCGACGCCAACGAUGCUGCUUUGGAUCAGUUCAUGCCUCAGGGUCGACUGGCGGGUGGGAGGACCCUCGCCGAUCUCAUCAUGGAGAAGAUUGAGCAGCAAGAGAACGACAAGACCGCCGUCCCAGUCGGUCAGUUGGUGCGGGUCAACCUGACAACUCUCCACGUACUGACUGGAUCAAGUCUGUCGACAUUCUACAGCCGCCGCUGAACCACCACCAGGCUACAACCCCAAGAUCGUCGAAGUCUACACAAAGUGAGCGCCCACCGAAAGCCUCGCGUCUCCCUCUGGUCGAGACCCGAUUCGCUGACACCCGCAAUCCUACUUGCAGAGUCGGAGGUCUCCUGAGUCGGUACAAGUCCGGACCGCUCCCCAAGGCCUUCAAGAUUCUCCCCACGCUCCGACUCUGGCCCCAACUCGUCAUGUUGACUGUCCCGGAGAAUUGGACUCCUCACGCCACGUUAGCCGCGACCAAGAUCUUCGCCUCCAACCUGGACCCCAAGCAGAGUCAAAAGUUCUACAAGGAGAUUCUGUUAGAGAAAGUCAGGGAAGAAAUUCAGGAGACGCACAAACUGAGCGUGCAUACGUACAUGGCGCUGAAGAAGGCGAUCUACAAACCGGCCGCGUUCUUCAAGGGAAUCUUGUUCCCGCUGUGCGAGGUGGGUCUCUACCAAGAACGCAGAACAAGAGUCUCUUGACUGACUGUAGACUUCGUUCACAGUCUCAAACAUGCACGUUGCGAGAAGCAGCCAUUUUGGGAUCCGUCUUGACCCGAGUAUCCGUGCCCGUCCUGCAUUCGGGCGCUGCAUUGCUCAAAUUAGCCGAUAUGGAAUACACAGGCAAGUCGUCAGAGUACACAAGGUGUGCCUCCUUCCCCCUCGACGCUAACAUUGUCUUCAAGUCCUCCAUAUCCCACAGGUCCAAACAGCGUCUUCAUCCGCGUGCUCCUGGAUAAGAAGUACGCGCUGCCUUACAAGGUCGUUGAUGCGCUCGUCUUCCACUUCAUCCGGUUCAAGCGGGACCCGAGGGAGAUGCCCGUGUUGUGGCAUCAGUCCUUCUUGGUCUUUGUACAGAGGUCAGCAUUCCGAAGGUGGCGCGAUGAGGAAAGAAACGACCAAGCUGACCGAGUGACAUUCCUCUUUCGGUGUCUAGGUACAAGUCCGACCUUACGGAGGAACAAAAGAGAGCUUUGUUGGACACGCUCAAGGUCAAGGUCCACCCGCAGAUCACACCCGAGAUCAGGAGGGAGAUCUUGAAUUCCGUAGCGAGGGGGAAAGAGGUGCCUCUCGCGAAUGGGCAGGGGUUGGAAACGGGGAUGGCGAUGGAGGUGGAGAUUUGUUAG